ACAGGAGGAGUUUCUCCCGGGCCCCCGGGCAUCCGUGAUGAACUUACCCAAGGGGCAGGGAAAACCACUAGGCUUUGAGCCGGGCCAAGGAGCGGAGGGCUUCAGGGUAGCUAGAGCCCUAGAGACGGCCAGGAAACGCCGUAUAAAAGUGGGGGCGGGAGGCGUGGAGUGUGUACCUGGCUGCUUGGCUCCUGCCGGGAGCAGCCCUGCGGCUCCCUUCAGCCCUUCCUGCAUCUGCAGCCUUCGCCUGCGAGCAAGACCUAGCAGGCCGGGCUUGGCGUGCCCCCGCCUGCCCGGCGCGCUAGCCUACGCCGCGACGCUGCGGCCCGGGGACGCGGACCUCGCCUGUGCGCUGGGCGGCGGGCUCCCCGAGCUCACACCGGCCGCCGCGAGGUCCCCGCGGCGUCGCCCGGGCCCAGCGCAGCCCGGGGCGCUCCCGCGAGAGCCCUGCUGUCCACGCGCCGGCUGCGGACCGGACGCCGCGGGCUCCCCGGCAGACGCCUGCCUAUGCCACAAUGCUGUCAUCCAGUGACUUUGGAUCUGCAUCCUGGGAGCUUGUGGUCCGAGUUGACCAUGCAGAUGAGGAGCAGCAGACAGAUGUCAGGCUGAGGGUGUCUGGGGACCUGCAUGUUGGAGGAGUGAUGCUCAAGCUGGUGGAACAGAUGAACAUCGCCCAGGACUGGUCAGACUUUGCUCUGUGGUGGGAGCAGAAGCGCUGCUGGCUUCUGAAAACCCACUGGACCCUGGACAAGUGUGGAGUCCAGGCCGACGCCAAGCUCCUCUUCACCCCACAGCAUAAAAUGCUUCGCCUUCGCCUACCCAAUGCCAAGACGGUGCGACUGCGAGUCAGUUUUUCAGCUGUAGUGUUUAAGGCUGUCACCGAUAUCUGCAAAGUUCUGAAUAUUAGACGGCCAGAGGAACUUUCAUUGUUAAAGCCUUCUGGUGACUAUUCUAAGAAGAAAAAGAAGAAAGACAAAAGUAAUAAAGAGCCAGUGAUCGAAGACAUCCUGAACCUGGAAAGCUCUUCAACAAGCUCAGGUUCCCCGGUAAGCCCUGGUUUGUACAGUAAGACCAUGACACCCACAUACGACCCCAUCAGUGGAACACCAGCCUUAUCCACUAUGACUUGGUUUGGUGACAGCCCUUUGACGGAGCAAAACUGCAGUGUUCUGGCCUUCAGCCAACCUCCUCCAUCACCAGAUGUGCUCGCCGACAUGUUCCAGCCCCGAUCUUUGGUUGACAAAGCCAAGAUGAAUGCAGGUUGGCUGGAUUCCUCCAGAUCCCUUAUGGAGCAAAAAAUUCAAGAAGAUGAGCAGCUGCUGCUAAGAUUCAAAUACUACACCUUCUUUGACUUGAAUCCUAAAUACGACGCUGUCCGAAUAAACCAGCUCUACGAGCAAGCUAGGUGGGCUGUUCUCCUGGAGGAAAUCGACUGCACAGAAGAAGAAAUGCUGAUCUUUGCAGCCCUGCAGUAUCAUAUCAGCAAACUGUCGCUGUGUGCGGAAAUACAGGACUUUGUGACGAAGUCUGAGGUCGAUGAAGUAGAAGCCGCGCUGACGAGUUUGGAAGUGACCCUUGAAGGCGGAAAGGCUGACAACGCUUUGGAGGACAUUACUGAUAUCCCUAAACUCGCAGAUUAUCUCAAAUUAUUUAGACCCAAGAAGCUAAUGUUAAAAGCUUUCAAGCAGUACUGGUUUGUCUUUAAAGACACAUCUAUAACCUACUUUAAAAAUAAGGAACUUGAACAAGGAGAGCCAAUAGAAAAACUAAACAUUAGAGGGUGUGAAAUUGUGCCCGAUGUGAAUGUAGCGGGGAGAAAAUUUGGAAUCAAGUUACUAAUCCCUGUUGCUGAUGGAAUGAAUGAAGUGUAUUUGAGAUGCGACCAUGAGGAUCAAUAUGCCCGGUGGAUGGCUGCCUGCAUCUUGGCAUCGAAGGGGAAAACCAUGGCAGACAGCUCAUACCAGCCAGAGGUCGUCAGCAUCCUUUCAUUUCUCAAGAUGAAGAACCGGAGCUCAUCCCCACCGAUGGCCUCCAGUCUCGACAGCAUGGAUAUGAACCCAGAAAGCUUAGUAUCGCCUCGCUGUGCGAAAAAGCACAAGACUAAACAGCUGGCAGCCCGGAUCCUCGAAGCUCACCACAACGUGGCCCAGAUGCCCCUGGUCGAAGCCAAACUGCAGUUCAUCCAGGCCUGGCAGUCCUUACCUGAAUUCGGCCUCACCUACUACCUUGUCAGAUUUAAAGGAAGCAAGAAAGACGACGUCCUGGGAGUUUCAUAUAACAGGCUGAUUAGAAUCGAUGCAGUCACUGGGAUUCCAAUUACAACGUGGAGAUUCGCCAACAUGAAGCAGUGGAAUGUCAACUGGGAAAUCCGGCAGGUGGCGAUCGAGUUUGACCAAAACGUCUCUAUCGCGUUCACCUGCCUAAGUGCAGAUUGCAAGAUUGUGCAUGAGUACAUCGGUGGCUACAUUUUCUUGUCCACCCGAUCCAAGGACCAAAAUGAAACGCUGGACGAGGACCUCUUUCACAAACUGACUGGCGGUCAGGACUAAAGUGAAGCAAGCGGGCCUGUUUGGCCUCCAUGGACCUCGGAGUUCUCUGAUUGGGUAGGAUCUGUGGUGUUCCCAGUGUGUAGGUUCCAGACUACCACAAUGUACACUUCCACCACCAGAGGCCCAGAUCCUUGCCUCGUCUGAACACACUGCCAGCAGCAGACUGGGCUCCUGCUGCUCUUCCUAUAAAGUGGCUGGGGAGAGACGGGCAGCGGGGCAUUCAGUGCCUGCUCUCAGCCCAGCAUGGUGCACCAGUUCUGUGGCUUUGCAGGCGCUGUAUGUACUGACCAGCAGCUAGCUGACCUUCUGUUUAUAUGCCUCAUGGUAAGUCAGCAAUGAGAGCAGAAGGACAGAAGUGACUGCAGCAAGUACAAAUCUCAUUCCACAACCUCAGGUCCUUCUUUAACAAAACUCAUCAUUGCUCUCAUCUUGCCAGAAAGCCAGAGGGAGUCUCGAUACAUUUUUUCUUUGGAGGUCAAAGAGAUGAGCAGGGAGAAGCAGGGUUACAGUCAUCUUCAGCAUCAUCAGUUUACAGGGACUGUCACAUUGGGUAGGGUGAACCACUGACCGUCUGCUCUAACCAUUGGUCUUCCUGUUACUGCUGACCCUAGAUGCUCCAUUCCUAGGGAAUCCCGUGGACACAUUGAAGUCCUUAAAGACGUGGGUGCUGAAGGGAUAUAGGGAGCCCACCCUUAGCCAAGAUCCAUGACAGGCUCAGCUCUCUGCUAAUGGAAAGCACCUGCCACGAAACUGAAAAGAUGACUCAGCAGUUAAGAGGGCUUGCUGCUCUUCCAGAGGAGGACCGUAACUGAUUUCCAAGUGGCUACCAGGGAGCUUAGGCCUUCUUCUGAACUCCAUGGGCACCUGCAUUCACAUCCACAUGCCAUACACACACACACACACACACACACACACACACACACACACA